AUGUUCUUCAGGAAUCUCAUCACCGCCCUAGUCGGCGUGUCUAUCGUUACUGCUGCUCCUGCGUCCGUUGACCGAACUGCAACACCCAUGGAGAGGGGUCUGAAGCACAAGACCAGGGCGCAACAAAAGAGGGACAUCAUCAUUCAGCAGACUGUGGUGGAGCCCCAGAUCACAGUAAUCAACAACAACUUGGAUACCAUCGCAGCUCUGGCUUUGACUGCGGAGCAGGAGUUCGCAGCUCUUGUUCAGUCUCAACUUGCGCUCAUUUCAACGGUGGAGACCAUCAAGAACAACAUCAGAGUCAAUCAUUUCAAGAACAGAUGGAACAAUGUGAACACUGUCAUUAUUGCAGUCACAAACGUCAUUGACCAGCGAGAUCCCAACAACGUCAACACUCGCUACAUGGUCAACCAGCUGAAGGCGGAUAAUGGCGCAGCUGGUCAAGAAAUUCUUGUCAUGGUGAACGCGGCUGAGCCUCUGACCAUCGGCCCUGCCCCUACGCCCGCAACUCUGAAUGUACCCGGUGUCGCGGGUGUGGGCAACGCUUCUCAGCCCGCCGCUGGCGGUGCCCCUCAGGUUGCUCAGUUUGACCCCAAUGCGCCAUUUGGCCAGGUCAAUGGUUCAGUCCUGCUCCCCUUUGGCUCCCAGCCACCGAAGGCUCCCAGCGACGCUCAGGUCUUCCCUGACCCGGCCGCCAUCAUCCUUCCGAACCAGGGCCUGUUUGUUGGUGACACAAAUCUCAUCCAGCAAGAUUGCCAGCUCAUCGCUGCGGGUUCUCUUUUCAACCUGCAGGCACAGCUGCUGGCUAAUGAGCAAGCUAUCGCACAGGCCGAGCUCGCAGGUCUUGUUCUUGGGACUGCUCCCCCACCGACAGUCAUCGUCAACGUGAACAAUGGCCAGCAAGGUCAGCAACAAGGUCAAGACCAGGCCCAGCAACAGGCCCAGGGACAGGCCCAGCAACAGGCCCAGGAACAGGCCCAGCAACAGGCCCAGCAGCAGCAGCAGCAGCAGCAGCAGGCCGCUCAAGAGCAGGCCCAACAGCAAGCUCAGCCGCCCGCUGACCCGAAUGCUGGACAGGCUCCGCCGCCUGCCGAUCAACAGGCGGAUCAAGGUGCGCAACAGCAGGCUGGAGAGCAAGCCCAGCAACCGGCUGAGCAACCAGCCGACCAACAGGCUGCUCCAGCGGCUCCUGCUGCGACUCCAUCAAGUGCAUAG